GCGAGGUUUACUUUUAGCCCGAGACCUUUGGAUCCUUGGUAACACGACGCUUGAUAACAGUCUCAAAAGGACGUGUUAAGGCCAUGCAAAUACGGAUUCUGCCGAUGACAGCGCAGUGACAGACUAUUAAUGUCAGUCAACAGCACACAUUUCAACCCCUCAGCAAAAACAACCGACACACACUGUGACAAACCACAGGAAUCGAGAAUGUCACACGACUCACCUCAGCCGACUGGAAGUGAGUGCGGAUCUACUCGUCGCGCAAGCAGGGAGUGGUGGCUUCACGUCGGUCUGUUGUGCAUUCCUCUGCUCGCGGUGUAUCUGCAUAUCCCUCCGCCGCAACUCUCACCUGCGCUCAACACCUGGCGAUCUUCCGGUCACUUCUUCACAUUCAGAGGCAAUAACAUCUUCUAUAAAGAGUCAGUUGGUGUUGUAGGAAGCUCUGAUGUCCUCUUGUUGCUUCAUGGCUUUCCUACUUCUAGCUAUGACUGGUAUAAGAUUUGGGAUUCUCUGACUCAGCGCUUUAAUAGAGUCAUCGCCCUUGACUUCGUUGGCUUUGGUUUUUCAGACAAACCGCGACCACACCGUUACUCCAUCUUCGAGCAGGCCAGUGUGGUUGAGGCCCUGGUUGCUCAUUUGGGUCUGUCUGAGCAGAGGAUCAACAUCCUGUCACAUGACUAUGGAGACACUGUAGCUCUCGAGUUACUGUAUAGGAGUGACCAUAACAGAAGCGGACAUAUUAUAAUAAACAGCCUCUGCCUUUCAAAUGGAGGAAUAUUCCCUGAGACUCAUUAUCCAAGAUUCGUUCAGAAAGUAUUGAAGGACUCUGGUUUUAUUUCACCUGUACUUACACGUCUAAUAAACUACCAGCUUUUCUCUAGAGGAAUAAGGGAUGUGUUUGGACCGUACACCCAGCCAACAGAAGCCGAGUUCUGGGAUAUGUGGACAGGCAUUCGCUUCAACGAUGGAAAUCUGGUCAUGGACAGUAUCCUGCAGUACAUUAACCAGAGGCUGAAACACAGAGAGAGAUGGGUCGGGGCUCUGACCUCCACUUCAACACCAUUGCACAUGAUUUAUGGACCACUUGAUCCAGUUAAUCCACAUCCUGAGUUUAUCCAACUCUACCAGAAACUAGUGCAGAGAUCCACAGUAUCAGUUCUAGAUGAGCAUGUGAGUCAUUAUCCACAGCUGGAGGAUCCCACAGGCUUCUUUAACGCAUACCUCAGCUUUAUCAACUCAUUCUGAGAAAGAGAGGUGUGUGAUCAUUCUGAAAUAAGUCAUGAGUGAAAUAUUGCCUCAAAUAAGUUGUUAGAAAUUAUUCAAAUCCGUUUAUGAAACCGAAGAGUGUGUGAAACGCCAGUCACAUGUAAAUGCAUGAAAUUUAAAGUAUUUCAACAAAUACCCAAACAGUCAUUACAACAUUCAAUAAGAGUUUGCUCAAAUACAAUGCCAUUACUUGUAAAUAAAUUUCUGCUCUAAGCAUGAAUGCUUUUAUUCAAAUAAAAAGGUCUUUGUGUAGAAAAAAAAACACUAAAACCA